AUGGCCGCUUCCACCGCCGCCCCAAAGUCCUCCAAGAGGUCAUCGCCCAGAGCCGCCGCGUCUCCCAUAAUACCCGCCUUAUCUCCCGCUGUCGCUGGUGCCGCCUCCUCGUCCUCGGCCUCAGCAAAGCCUACCGCUCACAGACUCCCUCGCAAACCCUCAGUCGGCAAGCAGCCUCUCCUUCCCCUCACCGAGGCCCGCCACUACCACCAUGGACGAUCUACCUCCCGUGCCGGCCCAAGGGAGACUGAGUCGGAAAAGUGGGAUACCACCUGGGACAACCCGUCGGCGGCUCGGGACGGACGCCAGUUUGCUGUUGCUAAUGUGGGGAACAACGGUCGUAUCUACCUAAGACCCUCCGUCCGCCGAAAGAACUCCGUACCACAUACCCAGCAGUCCUUCAACCUGCCUACCACCCCUCCUCAGUCCUUCGAUUCACCGCCGACAUCCUUCGGCCAAGGCCGUAUACCCAUCCGCGCCCCCGAUGCGCCUGUCCAGCCCUGGGUCAACGUGCCCCAAGGCACUCCCUUGACCAGCAGCAUGGCCAGUCUCCCUGGUUCGCGUGCCGCCAGUCGACAGGGCCGUCAUCGCCGUGCCCUCUCCGACAGCACCAUUCAUGAACUAACCGCCCCCAAGACGGCCGACUCACCGGCACCCGUACCGGCGCCCAAGACCUCCAUCGACGACCUGCGUCCACGCACAAUGGACGACUUCGUCGCUUCCACGCCGCACCUUGAUAUCAGCAUUCCCAACUGGCGUCUCGGUACUCCUCGAUUCACCGACCGCGGCACGGCCCUCAUUCGUGGCGCGUCCUACGCCCCGACAGAGGAGUUGCGCUCGAGUUCUGCCUCCAUGCUUAACUCGCUGCCGCGCAGCCGCCAGCCCACGACAGACUUUACGUGGAACAAGUCAACAGGAUCCUUUCUAUCUCCAGGAGACGCGGAAACGCCUGCUAUACCCAGGAGCCCCAACCGCCCACCCUCGUCGUUGAGGCUGCAGGCCAUGCCGCCUACUCAUCCAACUACUGAGCUCGUCAUCGAGCCGGCCAUGUUCACCGAUCUUACCUUUCGCCCGGCCUGUGAUGACCGUCGUCUCGUUCGCUACGCUCCCACCACUGGCGCUGUCGCCGCUGCCACACCACCACGGCUCGUUGCCGAAAUCACCUCGCCGAGUUUCCUAGAUUAUGAAUUGAUAUCCGACUUUUUCCUCACCUACCGAUCUUUUCUCGACUCCCUCGAUCUCUUGCGCAUGCUGUUUGCCAGAAUGCGCUGGGCCUUGGAUCGACAGGACGAAGUUGGCAUGAUUGUUCGCGUUCGCACCUUCGUCGCCACGCGGCAUUGGAUUCUCAACUAUUUUACAGACGAUUUCCUUCUCAACUACGACCUUCGAAAGGACUUUUGCGAUUCACUCAACAGUGUAGUCGAGGACCUCUCUGAAGACGUGCAGACUAGGACUGGGCAGCUCAGAGUCAUUGCCGAGCUGAAGAAAUGUUGGCGCAGGGUCUGCGCGCACUACUGGGACGGUCCCAACUUCGAUGGCGCUCUCGGAGUUGAAGCCGCAGUAAUGCCUGGCGGCAUUGCCGGCCAUCGAGAUCCAACACUGACCCCGUCCUAUUGGCAAAGUUUGGGAGGCCAGCCGCCACUCUCCUCGGCCCUGGUCAAGCAUCAAGGUCCUGACGUUGGAUUUUCCACCGACCCAAACAAGACUCCGAGAAUUGGCGACUUCAUCGUCUUUGGAGAUCGACCUCUGACUCCGGAAAAUGUCGCCAUGGACCUGGCACGAGCGCAAGGGGGGUCGCCUCGUAGCCCGGACAGCGUAGAUGUCGUCUCUUGCCCGUUUCCCGGCAAGACUUUGAAGAGCAUGCCGUCCUAUGCUAACCCGCAAUGGAGCGCCCAUCCUCACCCAGUACAGUCCACGGCGCAAGCGCAGCAGACUGGGGUUGCGUCAGUACCGCCUCGAGCGUUAGCGAGCAAGAGAACCCACCACGGCCAUUCACACAAACGCAGCAACAGCGUCAACGACUCGCUUCGCGAACACCUUGCCGAAAAACCCCCCAAUGAUGUUGACUUUCCCACCCUUCUGCCACCUGCUGGUAGCCUCGUUCGCGGAAACAUUCUCCCUCCUGGUCAGCCUUUUGUGGACACUUCUGCGCAGGACUGCGGCGGCAUGGCUCAUCGCCAAACGACCGUUUUCACACCCCCGUCUCGACGCAUGUUCAAGGACAAGGCAUUUCAUGGCGCCAUGUCUGGUAUCGGCAUGAAGAAACUUCUCGCCAGCGUGAGACGCGCACUGAGCGCGCGCGGACACGUCACUGCCCCCACACAGGCCAACCUGACACGCAUCUCGCCGGUCGGACCGCGCAACGUGGCCUCGAGCCGACUACCUGGUACCGCUGUCGUUCCCCAGGAAGAAGCGCAGCACCACGGUGGCAGGCCAGCAGUCCGCAUUGACCUCUUAGGCGCCGAGGUCGCCGAGGACUUCAAAAAGGCGGUGCGUGAGGAACAGGCAGAGGCUCCCAUACCUCCCGGGCCCUUGUCCGCCCCUCUGCCGGGAGCGUCCAGUCCUGGCUUCCGAUUCGGCGGUUUUCCUGCCAUUGAGCACCAGCGCCCGACCAGCGACAUGGGCAUCACCACGGGCAGCAAGUCAAUUGUCAUUGUCGACGACACUGUGCAAUUUGAAAUGCCUCGGGGCUUGAUGCUACAGCAUGCCCAGGGACACUCAAUCGAGACUCUCAUGGACUCAUUUAUACCCGCCGCUGUUGACCCGACACCACCAAAUACGCCCCCAAGUGUCGACCGUGGUACGCCUCGUCGAUCCUCAUAUCUCAUUCAUCCUCGUUCAGUCCAAAGUCCUGACGUGCUGCCCCCCUUUAUUCCCGACCUUGCAACCCUUCAACAGGAUGAUGGAUCUCCAAUAUCGGAAGCAAUUGGCAGGCCUUCCUUUGCCUCGUCUCGUCAAACUCGACGCUAUCCGCCUGUCAGCGCUGCCGCGUUUCGGAUGCAUAAGCGCGUCCGCUCUUCAAAGACGCAUCAAUCUAUCAAAUCGAUAUCGCACCGUCGUCACAGCUCCAUUAACAGUGGCACGCUACCUCCGUCUACUAUCCUCAGCCUGGAUCCUGCCACGCUCUCCGACAUUUCUAUGCGUGAUUCGGAGAUCCCAGUCCCCGAGCCUCUACAUGUUCUUCGUCGCCGCCCUGGCGGUGACUUGCGUGCCGCCAACAGGGUGGGUGAGCUCGAUAAUAAGCCCCUAAGAAGGUCACAGUCUGUCGGGUCCAUUGUUACCUACUCCGAGUCUGUCCGCAGCAUGAGCUUCUUUGGAGCGGUCCCCGAUUCCAACUUGGACGCUGACUCCGAUUACGGCGACUACUGUGUAGAGCGCCAUGAGGUUUUCUCGGUCGGUCAACUGACGAAGCAACAGCCGGAACAGGCUGCAAAGCUCUCUCUCUUCAGCACACACUCCUCGUCCAAGCCGCCAGGGCGACCAUCAUUUGAGGCGGAAGCCCAGCGACUCGCCCAGAUCCCAGAUGACGAGGACGAUGGUGGUAUUGAAUCGGCACUGCUCAAACUAGAAGGCAAAUUCCAACGUGGCUCCAAGGGCAGUGCAGCAAAAGCGGAAGACGAGGAGAUUGAUAUCGAGAGGCUCGGCCGCGCCCUCCAGUUUCUUGGCGGUGCACCAGCAGAGAGCAUAAUCGGUAGACGCCGACGAGCAUCAACCAAAUCAACAGCUUCCAGCAUGGAUCCUGGCACAACUGAGGAUCUGUCUGUGCCGCGGAGUGAAGGCACGGAGGCCCGCUCAUUCCUCUCGGAGGCGUCAGUGGACUCGAAUAAUUUGAUCCCGUUGUUAGACAGGGGGCUGACCGACGGUGGUAGCCCGAGGCUCAGCAGGAGCUGGGCAGAGAAGUCCAUCCUCCGUGAUUCAGAAGACCUCACCACGGUUGCCAGCAGUGAACUGUCCAAGACUUCAGUGCUAUAUGAUGCACAGUCGGUUGAUGAGCAAGCCACAGCAUCUGGCGACCAAGAGUACGAUUUGGUAGAAAAGACGGACAGCAUGGACCGAAUCAUACCCGGGGACACGCAGCCCGCAUCUCGAGAUCAGCAGUCUUUCCUCGAAGAUGAAAGCUACGCCAGCUCAGACAUAUCUUCGGAGAUGUCGACCGAGGAACCAAUGCCUUUACAGACAAGCAACAAUCUUCUCCGCCCAAGACGCAAACUGCCUCCCCGUCCUUUGGGCGAGCCCAUUACAGACUCCAUGCUGCAACCUGCCUCGCCUCCCCUAUCUACACCACGCCAGCGAUCGCCUUUGUUCAACUCUACCGAGGCCAUGUACGCAUCCCGGCCUCUUCCACCUACUCCCGAAGCUACGCCGACAGUACCAUUUACGCAGACCCUCACGGGCUCACAGCCAUCGCCCGCGGCGCUCACGAUGACUCGAGGUGCACCAUUAGCCGAGGUCAGCGCCAACAAAUUCUCCGUGCACCUACCCUUUAUCCUCGCCUUUGACUCGGACAUCCUCGCGCAGCAAUUUACGCUAAUCGAAAAGGACGCCCUCAACGAGAUUGACUGGAAGGAGUUGAUUGAGAUGAACUGGAAGAAUGCUACUAGCAGUGGCUCCCGUUCGUGGGUGGACUUUCUACGGAAUAGUGACGCGCAUGGCGUCGAGGUGGUCAUUGCACGAUUCAACAUUAUGGUUAAAUGGGCCAUUUCGGAGAUUGUACUGACGCAGCACGUCGAGGAGCGGGCGCGCUGCAUCAUCAAGAUGAUCCACGUGGCAGCACAUUGCCGGCGGUACCGCAACUUUGCGACGCUCGCGCAGCUGACCAUUGCGCUGUCGAGCAACGAUGUGACGCGCCUGACGCGCACCUGGGCGAUGGUGCCGGCGCACGACCUGCGCACGCUGGCCGAGCUGGAGGCACUGGUGACGCCGACGCGCAACUUCUUGCACCUGCGCGCCGAGAUGGAGGUUGGCACGGAUACGGGCUGUAUCCCAUUUGUGGGCAUCUACACUCACGACCUGCUCUACAAUGCCCAGCGGCCGUCAGAGGUGCCGGCGGCGGCGCCCGACGCUCCGCAGCUGGUCAACUUAGAGCGCUGCCGUGUCGCGGCGGCCGUGGUCAAGGUGCUCCUGCGCCUGCUCGAGUCGAGCACGCGCUACGCGUUCCAGCCCAUUGAGGGUAUCACGGAGCGCUGCCUGUGGGUUGGCGCGCUCAGCGACGAGGAGAUUCGUAGCCAUUCGGAGGCGCUCGAGUCUUGA